CGCCCCCAGUCUAGUGUGAGGCAGCAUCCGAGCUUCCCCGGCACCGAGCGGCAGCGCUAGCGGUAGGAGCAGCUUCGCCGCGGAGCUGGCGGAGGCGGCGCGGAUGGUGAGAGGAGCCGCCCGGCAGCGCCUGCCCCGCACUGGCCCGGCCUCCAGAACAGCAGGCCUGGUGGAGAAGCCUUCUCGCAAACGGAAAUCCAGGACUGAAUUUGCCCUAAAAGAAAUCAUGUCAUCUGGAGGAGCUGAAGAUGAUAUCCCUCAGGGAGAGAGGAAAACAGUCACCGACUUUUGUUACCUACUGGAUAAAUCUAAACAGCUCUUCAAUGGCUUAAGAGAUUUGCCUCAGUAUGGGCAGAAGCAGUGGCAGUCCUAUUUUGGGCGAACCUUUGAUGUUUACACUAAACUCUGGAAAUUUCAACAGCAGCAUAGACAAGUACUGGACAAUCGAUAUGGAUUGAAGCGGUGGCAGAUUGGGGAAAUUGCCUCCAAGAUUGGGCAGCUAUACUACCAUUAUUACCUGCGGACAUCUGAAACCAGCUAUCUGAAUGAAGCCUUCUCCUUUUAUUCAGCAAUUCGACAGAGAUCAUAUUACUCCCAAGUCAAUAAAGAGGACAGGCCUGAACUGGUGGUUAAGAAGCUGCGUUAUUAUGCAAGGUUUAUAGUGGUUUGUCUUUUGCUCAACAAAAUGGAUGUUGUAAAGGACCUCGUAAAGGAAUUAUCAGAUGAAAUUGAAGAUUACACUCACCGCUUUAACACUGAGGACCAGGUGGAGUGGAACCUGGUUCUUCAAGAGGUGGCAGCUUUUGUUGAGGCAGAUCCUGUGAUGGUUUUAAAUGAUGACAAUACCAUCGUAAUCACCUCCAACCGACUGGCUGAAACAGGGGCCCCAUUGCUGGAGCAGGGAAUGAUUGUGGGACAGCUCACUCUUGCAGAUGCAUUAAUUAUUGGGAAUUGCAAUAACCAGGUAAAGUUCAGUGAAUUAACGGUUGACAUGUUCCGAAUGUUGCAAGCACUGGAAAGAGAACCAAUGAACUUGGCUUCACAGAUGAACAAACCUGGAAUGCAGGAGUCGACUGAGAAACCUGCUAGGCGGGAAAAUCCCCAUAAGUACUUGCUGUAUAAACCUACCUUCAGCCAGCUGUAUACGUUCUUAGCAGCAGCGUUCAAGGAGCUGCCUGCAAACAGCGUGCUGCUGAUCUACUUGUCGGCCACUGGCGUGUUUCCCUCAGGUCGUUCGGAUAGUGAAGGCCCAUAUGAUUUUGGUGGGGUCCUUACAAACAGUAACCGGGACAUUAUAAAUGGUGAUGCUAUCCACAAACGGAACCAAUCUUACAAGGAGAUGCACUGCCUUCACCCUGGUGAUCUCUACCCUUUCACAAGAAAGCCCCUAUUUAUCAUUGUGGACUCCUCAAACAGCGUUGCCUAUAAGAAUUUCACAAACUUAUUUGGACAGCCACUGGUGUGCUUGCUUUCUCCAACAGCGUAUCCAAAAGCAUUACAAGAUCAGUCUCAGCGGGGUAGCCUCUUCACCCUCUUUCUGAACAACCCUUUAAUGGCAUUCCUAUUUGUCUCUGGAUUAUCAAGCAUGCGCAGAGGAUUGUGGGAGAAGUGUCAAGAUUACCUUAGAAAAAUCAACCGGGAUAUCGCCCAGCUGCUGACCCAUUCUCGCUCCAUAGAUCAGGCCUUUCUUCAGUUUUUUGGGGAUGAAUUUCUUCGCUUACUUCUAACAAGAUUCGUCUUCUGCUCAGCUACCAUGAGGAUGCACAAAAUUUUCCGGCAGGAAACUCGAAAUUACCCUGAAACUUAUCCCCAGCUGCCAAGAGAUGAAACCGUGGAGAACCCUCAUCUCCAAAAACACAUUCUGGAGCUGGCUUCCAUCCUGGAUGUUAGAAAUGUGUUCCUGGAAAACACCAUUGAUGACUAUUAAAAGAAAUAUUUUUACUGCAAUAGGGUUUCACUAGCCACAGACUUUGAAUGGUGCAGUUUUCUAAUGUGAAAAUCCUCAAAAGGAGUUAUUUGAUUUUAUUUUAAAAUUUAGGAUCUUUUUUUAAAUAGCUGUUAGCCCAGCUGCCCCAUUCUGUAUGGGGUCAAUUUUAUAAACAAAUCUUUUCACAUCUUUUAAAUGUUAAACUAAGGAAUCCUUGGAGUUUUGUUUUUUGUUUUUGUGGUUGAAAGCAACCACAUCUAGAUCCUAAGCAUAAAAGUAUUAUUGGCCAAUUUUAGCCCGCUUUAUGGAAAUCCUUUAUUUUUAUACAGUUUUAAAAAAUUGGAAGCAAAAACCCAAUAGAAAACCAAUAUUUUCUCUCCAAAGAGUUUGGAUUUGAAAUGGUAAAGCUGGAAACACAUAAUGCAAACCGGCAAGAGCAAUAAAAGAACCAGCCCUUCACAACAAAUCUAUUUUUUUUUCAAUCUUAGGUGAGUAACUGGACAAACUUGUGCUAGAACAAAUGGCAGUUGGAGCAGUGGGUUUGGAGUGGUGCUGCAGAGGGAUCUCCUAACAUCUAGUGUUCCAUGUAAAUUAGUAAUUUCAAUCUUCUACUGAGCAGCACUGCUGGCCAAGAACACAAGUCCCCUCCUGCCUGCUUGGGUGUAGAUAGCAGGCUGGUGGCAUAUAUUAUAAAAUUAAUAACGCUGGCCCCAUUUCCUCAGUACAGCACAGUCUGCCCCAUCUCCAUGUCUUGGGUCAGAGCCACCACCCAUCUGCCUGAGGAUGCUGGUCCAUAACUCCUCUUGAGUCAAUCAGUAAAGCUUCUUAAUCACCGCAGGGGGUGAGGGUGUCUCCCUUCUUACCUUGUUGAGUGAAUGAAGUGAGUGGCUUACACAGUAUUCUCAGCCCUUGGUGAGUCUGUCCAGAAAGCAAACCAGUCUCCCAUAGUAGUACUGAGUUCCAGCCGUUACCAACAGAGAAACACCUAGCAGGACGCCUCUUGGUGCUGCUGCUGUUGCCUGCUUUAACAAUGGGAUAAUCUUUCAUGGGAGCCUUGUGACCCUAGAACUGCUUUUUUUUCUUAUGUUAUAAUGGUUAAUAAGUGCUGCCACAGAACACUGCAGCCCUUCAUGCAUGUGGUGAGGGCCCAUUGCUCCACCCCACUCCCUACCUGUCUGCUCUGAGUCCUGCUCUGACAGCAUUUUUUCAAAUGAGCCACAGGCAGGCUAAGCAGUGGGAAGGUGUGCGAGGCACAUAGUCACCAACAAACCCCAAAACACAACUAAUGGGGAUUGGUUCAUAGGUAUCACAGCUGCUGCUGUGUCCCUUUAAUUGCACAGUAAUUCCACCCAGACCUAGACAACAUCCAGCAGGGCUCUAUAAAGUCUGCAUCAAAGAUCUGUAUGAAAUUCAAAGCUAAGGUAGAGAAGGUGCUUGCUGGAGAAGUAGGAGGGUAAAGCUACCAAGGCAAUGCCCUCCUAGCUUCAGAACAAGCUCCAGGAGCUCUUGCACCCCUUGACAGAAAGGAGGCAUGGAGGGUGGGAGGGUGGAAGCACCAGAACAGUAGAAGGAUUUUGGCUUCUACAAAGCAAAUGUUCUAAACACCCAAGCUAAUAGCCUGUAGACACUCAGCUUUGAGAUUGGCUCCAUUUCAGUUACUGGCAGUAAAAAAGCCAGCUUGUCCCAAAGCCAAGACUGAAGCAAAUUUUUGUAGGUUCCAGUGUUUUGGUUUUUAAAGAUAUGUAAAAUGAAUAGUGGGCUUUUAACUGACAAUACUCAUUCUACCAAGAAGGUGUUCACUUUAAAUGCAGUGAAAGGCAAGUCUGUGGAGAUAUGGAUUGUAAUUUUUGUAUCUGAAAUUGCACAACAGAUUGUCAAAUGGCCUGAAAUGACAGGUCUAGAAAUAGUGGUAGCAAAGCAAACUGUGGUCAUCUUGUUUGUGUGAAUAUAAAGUGUAUGGUGCUGGAAAGGCUGCCUUUGGCUUGUUGUUAGGCAUGGCUGUAUUGCUGUCUGAAGUGAAGGCCAGUGGGGUGCUCCCUGUACUGUAGUGCUGAAACCUCCAACAGAGCAAGGACACCAUGCUGGACUCCGUUGUGUCCUUAGAGAAUGUAGUGUAUGGUACCAAGGUGGAAUGUUUCAAGCUGUUACAUGAAAAGCUGUUUUGUUCUGUGUUCAUUGUUCCAAUGCUGGAAAAUGGGGAGGAGUUUGAGUAGCCCUUUAAUUUUGAGGUCUAGUCCAAUGUUUCAAUUUUUAAAAUGAGUUUGGUAGCUUACUUCCCUUGGUGCCUACUUCAGUGGGCCUCUUCAGAAUCCCACAGUGAUGUGACCAUCUUUUUAAGACAGACUGGAAAAACCAGGGACUGAGGAUGCACCAGGUCAGGAUUGAUGCCCAUCAGCACUGCUGUAAGAGUCCAGUGCAGAACAGCGUGGGUGUUAGAGUAGGUGGCAUGAAUGGUGCUUCCAAAGUGCUUCUUAGCACUGUGCUGGGCUGUAACCAAGUCUUUCACUCCCAU